AUGACCACCUCGAUUGACGACAAAAACAACAACAACCAAUUUCUAAGCAUCGAAAAUAAUAGCAUCAGCCAAAAUGGCAACUAUCAAACACUUGAUCCGGGAUCACAAAACACACGCACUGACGGAAAGGUACUGCAUCAACGUAACGAAUCAUCAUACUCCAGAAAUUUCUCAAUACUUGACACAUAUGCACAAGAGAGCCCCUCUAGACGAAACAGUUAUGUAGAUGUUGGAUUAGUACCAUCACCAUUGGAGGAUAUAAACUCUGAAGCGUCAAUACUCAAGAGUUUUGAUGGCUCAACUCCAAACAACAGCUCAAAUGCACUUGAAGCAAAUGCAAUAAUCUCGAUCGACAGUGCUUGCAAUACAGCAGUCGAGAGUGGAUCGAAUAGAGACGUUUAUGUGAAACCGACUACCAAAGCCUCUGAUGCAGAAGUUCUAAAGUCAAAUUUCGAUCGAUACGGCUUCAAAAAGUGCUCUUCAAACGGGCGAUCUACUGAGGAAUACAAUGCCUGGUUUCAACACUAUUCUGAAUACACAAUAAGGCGGAAGAAGAAAUGGGAGAGGACAAUGAAAGAUCAUGGGUUGAAUGUAGUGCCACCGCACAGUUCAACUUCCACAGAGCAAGAAACAGAAGAGGUUCCAACUCGUUUCCCACCCAAAUCCGACAAGAUCAAAAAAAUGGUGAGACGUGGCAUACCUUCUGAAUGGCGCGGUAAUGCCUGGUUUUUUUACGCAGGAGGAUAUGACAAGCUACGAAAGCACGAGGGGCUUUAUGAUAAACUUGUGUUGGAGACGAAGGAUAUACAGAAUAAAGAGAGCGAAGUGAUUGAACGAGAUUUAUUUCGAACUUUCCCAGACAAUAUCUAUUUCAAUUCUUCCAUAGAUGGAAACGGCCUUGGUUCGCGUGAAGCAAGUUUUGUUAGAGAUGAAACUAAACUAAUAAAGUCAUUGAGAAGGGUCUUGAUUGCGUUUGCUCAGUACCAACCACAAAUUGGGUAUUGCCAAUCACUAAACUUUUUAGCUGGCCUACUCCUCCUUUUCAUGGACGAAGAACGUUCCUUUUGGAUGUUGGUUAUCCUAACGGAGAAAAUCAUCCCCAAUGUUCAUCUGGCUGAUUUGGAAGGUGUACACACCGACCAAGGGGUCUUGAUGCUCUGCGUAAAGGAGUACUUACCAGUAUUGUGGGAUACUUUGGGAACCAACUUUGAUGGGGAAAAGUUGAAAGAAGACAACAUUUUGUCCAGAUUGCCUCCAGUGACCUUGGUCACGUCGUCUUGGUUCAUGUCUCUUUUCGUUGGGAUCUUGCCGAUUGAAACAACAUUGCGUGUGUGGGAUAUCUUGUGGUACGAAGGGUCAAAGACUAUAUUUCGCAUCUCAUUAACAAUAUUCAAAUUGUGUAUUGAUUCACCAGAGUUUCAGAGUAAACAGGGUCCCGGCAGCGACGAGAGUCAACAAAUUGAAUUGUUUCAGUUUAUGCAAGGGUUUCCUAAAACAGUCUUGGAUCCUAAUUUACUUGUUGAUUAUUGUUUCAAAAAGAUUGGCGGGUAUGGGUUCGGUUCAUUAUCACAAGGGGAAAUUGACAAGUGUCGAGAUUUUGUGGCGAGGCAAAGACAAAAGAUGCAUUUGAAUUCGAAACGCAAAGACUUGACUGAAAUGACAGAAGAAGAAAAACAAACUUUGUUGAAUAUCAAUGGCGCCGAUAAGGAAAACAUUCAUGAUGUUUAUGGAUUUCAUAGGUCCAUCAUGAGCGGGAUUGUAUGGAACAAGAGUAUCAGCAACAAAAUGAAGAAAAGACUAACGGGAAAAAAGAGAUAA